UUAUUUCUAUAUAUAAGUUAAGCAUCUAAACUCAUUGUAAGUUAUACCAAUCAGUUCUUCUCUUUUUCUUCCAAUGGCUACAAACUCACUAAACAAUAAUGUUCACCUUAAUGAAGUAAUUGUAGCAAUGGUGCCAUUUCCUGAUUUUAGCCAUCUCAAUCAGCUCUUUGUGCUUGCUCGCUUUAUCGCCUCCCAUAACAUACCGAUACACUUCCUCUGCCUAGCUGAUCGGAACCAAGAUUUGAAACUUCGCGUCCAAGGUGGUCUCGGGUCCUCUAACAUCCAUUUCCAUGACCUUUCUGUACCUAUAGAAGAAUCAGAAGAUGCAGAUGAUGGUCUGCAUCCGAUUGUUAUAUUUUUGAGAAAACUCGUUGAGCCUAUCCAAAGAACAUGUAUUGAUCUUGCCGCUAAUGCGAAGAGAUUGGUCAUAAUUCAUGACUCUAUAAUGAGGGAUCAUAUAAGGGAUGUCCAUUCAUUGAUAUCGAAAGUAGAGUCUUAUAUGUUCCACUCGAUUUCAGCUUUCGCUAGAUACUCUUUGCUCCGACAAAGUAUUGAUCACCUAGUUGAUGACGAUGAUCAUGAAAACAUGAUCCAGCAAAUGCACGAUGAGUUUCCGUUGUUGAAGAGUUAUAGUGGACUGAAUGCUGCAGCUUUUGUGAAAAAGGAACACGAAUGGAACCUCAAUUCCGGAGAAAUCAUCAACUCCUGCAGAGAAAUCGAAGGUAAGUACAUAGACUUACUUGCACGUACAAAAGACAAGAAGCAGUGGUGGGCUAUUGGUCCACUUCAUAUGCUGUUGUUAGAAUCACACGACUCUAGAAAAAGGACUCGUCAUGAAUGUCUAGAAUUUCUCGACAAGCAAGACGUUAAUUCAGUAAUAUUCGUCUCAUUUGGAACAACCACUACAUUCUCACAAGAGCAAGUCAAUGAGAUCGCACUUGGUUUAGAACGGAGCAACCAUAAAUUUAUUUGGGUACUCCGAGAAGCGGAUAAAAAGAUGGAAAUUGAGAAAUUUGAAGAGGAAGAUGGGAAGAUUGAAUUGCAAAAUGGAUUUGAAGAGAGAGUGUCAGGAAGAGGAAUAGUGGUGAGAAAUUGGGUACCUCAAUUGGAAAUCUUGGGACAUUCAUCUCCAGGCGGGUUUUUGAGUCACUCUGGAUGGAAUUCUUGUCUUGAGAGCAUUAGCAUGGGUGUGCCUCUAGCAGCUUGGCCAACCAAUCACGAUCAGCCAUUUAACGCUAUUUUUAUAACCAACUUGCUGAAGAUUGGAACCUCUGUCAGGAGUUGGGCACGUAGGGAGGAAUUGGUGACAGCAUCAACCAUUGAGAAGGCUGUGAAGACUUUGAUGGGCACAACAGAAGGUGAAGAAAUGAGGCAAAGGGCGGCGGAGUUGAGCAAAAAGAUCAAAAGCUCCAUCAGCCGGGGAGGACUUGCACGCAAGGAAAUGGAAUCUUUCAUAUCCCGUAUAUUCGAAUAACUUCAUAGGGGAGGAAGGUGUUUGAUUUUUGGAUCUGAUUGUAUGGUCAUACAGAUCUGCAUUUAUUAAUAUUGAGACUAGAUGAAGAGCAUCAAGUAAGAAUCAGUCAAUAAAAGAUUAAAGCACAAGAAUAAUGUAAAAACCCAAAAUCUUGGGUUGUGUGACACUUAAAUUUUCAGAAUAGUCAGUUUUUAACUUAGCAUCAUCAGAUAAUAAAACCUUCAUUCAGCACAAGGCACACGAUUCGAGCACAAAGAAACUCAAUGUUGCACUACUAUAAUGAAUUACAGAUUUACUUUUGAUUUCC